AUGAAAGGAAGUCAAAUUACUUUUAUCCUAAUUGUGAUGCUUGCAAGUUAACUUGCUAUUGUAAGUGCUUAAUCUAAGUGGACAGAUGCCUUCACCUAUUUCAAUUAAUUCAACACAGUCAAAGAGGGAGCAUUUAAGUAGCUGUUUGGAGACCCAAAUGACCCUACUCUGGGCUGCUACAAUAGCUUUUUGGAUAUGAGAGAAUUCUGGAAGUACAAAUAGCCUUUGACUGGGGUAAAGCCAGGUUAAUUUUUAAAGAACAUUAAGUUUUACAUUUAUUACAGCUACACCAUAACAAAUUGGUAUCAUCAAUGUAAUCUAGAUGAUAUAGUAAUUGAGAUGGCUAAGAGAGUCUAAUCAGUAGGAGGAUUUUUGCAUAUGAUAAUAAAUUUGCUGUUUAGAUUUUUCGCUCAAACUGGUAAUGAAGAGUGGACUAAGAGUGUGGUUGAUGCUAUAGAUUAAGCAAAUAUUUCUGGCUUAGAUGAGGAUUGGGAAAAGGUUGGCUAUCCAAUAGGAUAACUAAUUGCUGAAUUCUUCAACUUUGAAGUCCCAGAUUUCGAUCUAAAAUAUGGAGUAUUCACCAAAGGUACCUAUUGA